CGAACAAGAACCUGGUUGACCGGCCGAAUUUUCGCGAAUCCCCUUCUCGCUUCGGCUUAGCCCUGUUAUCUUUCCCCGCGAACCAAAACACAUCGUCCUAAUUUUCAUCGCGGAGGGAAGCAAGGGCGAUCCGUGGGGCGGCCAUGGCUUACGUCGAGAGAGGUGUUGUGAAAGACAAGCGGACAAUAUGGCGACUGAGCAUAAUCUCUGACUUCUUUCGGGCUGUUGUGAACUUCAUCAGAAUGUUCUUUCUCACAAUGUUCUCAGCCGAAAAAACAGACAGGUACAAGAAAGGAUAUGGCGCUGGUAAGAAAUGGGACGGUGGACCCGGUGGUGGAGGUCCCGGUGGUGGUUCUGGACGGGGCCCAUAUGGAGGAGGUGGCAAUGGUGGUUCUCGCGGCCCUCGCACUCUAUCUGACAUCCGAUCCAAUGACCACAGUUCUCUCCCUGCUUGUGGAUCCUGCUGCGGCUAAUAAGCGCACUACCAUUCUGCCUGAUGAUUGCUUAACAGAUGAAUACAUAUGCUCCGAUAUGUCCUGAAGGACAUCAUAAGUCGUGUUACACAUCUUACUGUCAACCGAGUACAAUCAGUGUGUCGUUGCAAAAAGUCUGUACUCUGUAGCUUGACUCUGGUUUACGUUGCGUGUAAUGUAUUUGUGGUUUGCCUUGCGUGUAAUGAUGUCUAAUGCACAUUGUACCAAGCUUAAUGAAUUGUCUGAAUCGUUCUUUCA